AUGCUUGACCCACUCACGUCCCAGCGACCACCGACGGUCACGGAGAUGCCAUACGAUGAAAGCGUCAUGUUUACCAUAUCCACGUUUAUCCCUUAUAUCGGUUGCAUCCUCUUCGCACUAUACCAGCUGAUAUUCCGAUUCGAUCCUACAAGCACCCUCUUCAUGCUCGGCGGAUCGCUGUGCGUGGUGCUGGACCCAUUGAUCAACGCGCUCGGGUGCUGCUAUUUCGCCAAAACCGACUUGAUAUUGCACGCCCAUGAUGGUCGGCCGAUCCCUUGGUUCAUGUUGGCCUCGUACGGCACAUUCAACGGCGGGUUUGGAUACUGGUGGUUCACCAAAUUCCGGAGCCAAAAGACACCCAUGACGGCCCGCAGCGUGUGGAAGCUGUGGGCAUUUGCCUACGUCUCGAAUCUGUUCCUGGAGUACCCAGUCAAUCAAUGGGGUCUGCAGUCAUACUUUGGGUUUCAACCCUUCAAAGUACUCGGAAUGCCUUUGUGGUUUCCCGCGAUCAACUCGACAAUGCCAAUUAUAGCGGCUUCUAUAAUCAACGUUCUAACAAAGGCCGAAGUCUUGAAGGGUUGGAAGAAGCUUGCCAUCAUCUUGAUCAUCCCGUCGGCGGAUAUUCUGGCAAAUGGGGCAAUGGCCUGGCCAGUCUGGAUUGCCCUAGCGGUGGAUGAGGGAUACCAUAUUUCCUACCCGAUGGGAGUUGUCACUUUUGUCUUGGUCGCAAUCUCUCUGACGCUCGUUGGCUUGCAAUUUGACGGCCCUGAGGGUUCGUCGAACAAAAGUAACGGCAAACAGAAUGGCAAAGCCAGGUGA